CGCUGCACUAGGAGGUGGCAGGUCCGCAUCAGGUAGUUCACAGCCCGAUGCACGAACGUUCUUUCAACUGCAGCCACAUUUCACGUGCGGUUGUCGACGCGGAAAGUUCACUCUCAUCUCGUUCGGAAAUACCCUCGGUCCAUCAUUUCGUAAUUUUCGGCAACUGAUCAAUCGAACAAAUCGAUUAUUAGAAACGAAAUUCACCCACACCACACCUAACGAUGGCCCGCAAAAUUCCCGUCUUGUUUUUACUGGUAAUCAGCUGCGUCUGCGUUCUCGUCAACGCUUCGGAUUCAACAUUCGGCCAAAAACUAGGCCCCGGGCAGACUUUCGAGGAGGUAAUCGUUUCGUCCGAUUUGAACGUCCGCAGGAAAUCGAAGGAACAUCGCCAGGGCAAGAAAUUGUUGACGAAUAUUCCACUCGAAACGACAAACCAAUCCAGGAAUCCCACCGGUUCCCGGCUCAUUUCUAACCACGGUAGCCGCGUCACUCCGGAAAGAAGAAACCGACGUAACAUUUCUGCCGAAACACAGACUCGACCCGGUAGGCCCUAGGUGCUGCUGAAUCCUGCCGCACCCUCGAAAUCGAAGGCAAUGGAAAAUCAUGAGAUCAAAAAAACAAAAAUAAAGGGACAACCGCACGACUCUCACCCAACUCACCUGUGAUCACACUUUUCGAACCACUUGGCUAAUCAUGUAUCAAAAAAAAUUGAAUAAAUUCAUCUGCGCCAUAAAAA